AUGCACGUUCGCCGCGCCCCGUGCGCGCGGGCACGUUCGAGACGCGCGGUGGUUGACCCGGCUCGGGCCAUGGGAAGGGGAGAAUUCCAUCGCAGGGAGGACCAUGUCUCUUGCGCGGAAGCGCGGAUACGGGCAAAGCGAAGAAAGGAAAAAAAGCAGGGCAGCGCCUUGUUGAAACAAUCACGAGAGUUUUUCGCCUCAGGGGUCCCGGCGCUGGGAAGGAAAAAAAGGUUUGAGGGGCAUCUUAAACGGAGGCAGGAGCUCAGACAGACAACCUGGUCGCUCCUGCCUCGAUGCUGGUGA